GCAGCAAGAUUUUCUGAUUGGUUCUGAUUGGACCUCAGUCUGAUUGGUUCUGAUUGGUUCUGAUUGGACCUCGUUGUCAGAUGGUUCUGAUCGGGGCAGAGGUGUGGAACUUGUUGAUCCAGUUUGUGUUUGUCUUGGGGGUGUGUCCAGCAGGAUGUCCUCCUGCCUCACCUUCUGUCUCACCUGUAGACCCGCCCACUGUCCUCCAGGUGAUGGACGCUGAGAGCGGAGAGAUGAUCCCUGGAGGCGUGGCCUCAGGAGGCGUGGCCUCAGGAGGCGUGGCCUCAGGAGGCAGCUGGCAGCUGGACGCUGCGUUCUUCAUCAGGCCAGAAAAACCCCUGCAGGACUGGGUGGUGGACCCCGAGUCUACUCCGCCCACAAGAAACGACAGCGAAUCAGAGGAGAUUCUGCUUGGUGUCGAUCCAAAUGAGGUGUUUCGUAGCACGCCGCUCGCUGAGCCCUUGUCUGAGACGGACAGCGGCAUCUCUGAGGAGACCGCCAACGAGAGACCUGUCACUUCCAUGACAGCUGUUACCACGGCAACCAGCCAGCCAACCCCAGCCACUGUCUAUCAGGUGGUUUAUGAUGUCAGCACAGUGGGCGGAGCCAAGUCUGAACCAGGUCAGGAGAACAUGAUCUCCAUCGAACUGGAUUGGAGUUCUCAGCUGCUGUUCUCAGACUCAUGUGUUGUCACUGAGCUGCCAGUGGUUCAUUCGUCUCAUCAAGAUGGCAUCCAAAGCACCGCCCCCAUACCUGACAGAGACCAGGUGCAGCUGUACUCCAAGCUGCGGCUCACAGAAGAAGAACAGAAGCUUCUGACAGAAGAGGGGGUGUCUUUACCCAACAACCUUCCACUGACCAAGGCAGAGGAACGUAUUCUGAAGAAAGUCCGCAGGAAGAUCCGUAACAAGCAGUCGGCUCAGGACAGCCGGAGGAGAAGGAAGGAGUACAUUGAUGGUCUGGAGAGCAGGGCUGCGGCGUGCUCAGCACAGAACAAAGAGCUUCAGCGGACGGUGGAGCAUCUGGAGAAACACAACAUGUCUCUGCUGGCUCAGCUGCAGCAGCUUCAGGCUCUCAUUAAGCAGACCGUCAGUAAAGGAGCCCAGACCAGCACCUGUUUACUGAUCAUUGUUCUUUCUCUCGGCCUCAUCAUCCUCCCCAGUUUCAGUCUGUACAGCCGCCGAGCUGCUGACGACGACUACAGACCAACAGGAGUUAUUUCCAGAAACAUAUUGACAGAACCAUCGCUGUCCAGCAGAGACAACCCAGCCAGUCGGUCUGACUCUACGCUGCCGCCGUCUGAACCCAACCAAUCAGAACCGGUCGAUGUUCUCCAGCAGCCAACCCAGAACUCAGCUGAUGGUGACACACCCCCUGCUGAGAACCAAUCAGGGAAUCUGACAGCUGGAGACACUGAAGCCUCGGCUCAUAAAAGACAUUCUGACCCAACAAAACCGGCGCACGCUGACGAGAUGUAGACUGGGUCCAGUUCUGGGUCCAGGACCAACAAGUGAAAGUUCUGGGUCCAGGUGUCUCCUGACACUACAUGAAACAUGGCGCUAUGACUGGUGGUGGUUCUGCUCUCUCUGUAAAAAACAGACAUUUUUUCCAGAACAUCUCAGACUUUAAAGAACAGUUUGUGAGGGAAUGCACUAAAGUCUGGACUUUAUGGACGCCAGCUGGUUCCAAGUGUAGAUCAAGAUGUGUGUGUGUGUCUUUGUGUGUGUGUGUGUGGGGGGGUGUUGUUACUCUCUUUAAACAUCUGUUCCAGCUGUUGGGGUUAAACAUCUGGAGUUUGUUUCGCACUUAAAAAUAUAAAUCCUGAAUAAAACUGAAGAGACGAAAA